GUUGUUCGAUAACCUCAGAAGUAGAACCCGAAAUGUCAGUUGUCUCUAGUGCUUCAAGUCGUAUUACACAUAUUUGGUUUUUAAAUGGAAGGAUCAAUGAUUAGAGUUUAAAAAAAAAUCAAAUUUUUAUGACGUAAUUGAAUUAUUAAUAUUAUUUACAAAUACUAGUCAUUGUAAUAAUGCAGAAGUAUUUUAAUUUAACAGAAGUGAAUCAGUGAUCGUUGUAAUAGCUAGAAACAUUUAAAACGACGCUUUGUUUAAGUUUUCUUUAUAAAAAGCGAUAAAGUUCAAUUUGUUAUUAGCUUGAGUGAUUACGUUUAGUUUGAUAACAAGAACUAGAUAAUAUAUGAGGCAGUUGAAAUAAUCAUUCCGAGUGGAUACGUAUUAGACGCAACAUGGAUUUGAAAGUUUUAAAACGAUCGAGAUUGAUACAUCUAUGUUUAGCAAUAACGUUUUUCACGUCGGGAAUAAUAGUGAAUUUAGUACAGUGUAUACUCUAUUUGUGUCUUAGGCCUUUUAACAAAUGGUUAUAUCGUAAAAUAAAUUGGUAUUUGUGCUACACGAUAUACUCACAAUUAGUUUGUCUCGGAGAUUGGUGGUCACAGUCGAAAAUAUACGUAUACACUGAUAAAAAAGUAUUCGAUAAAUACUUUGGUAAAGAACAUGCUUAUUGUAUAAUGAAUCACACUUACGAAGUAGAUUGGUUAAUAGGGUGGAUGAUUACGGAUAAAUUACAUUUAUUAGGGAAUUGUAAAGCUUAUGCCAAGAAAGUGAUACAGUACAUCCCCGUGUUAGGUUGGGCUUGGAAAUGCUCCGAAUUUGUAUUUUUGGAAAGGAAUUUCGAUAAAGAUAAAGAAAUAAUUAAUAAACAAAUUACCGAAUUGUCCGAGCAUCCAGAUCCAAUGUGGUUGCUUCUUUUCCCGGAAGGUACUAGAUUUACGACGAAAAAACAUGAGGCUUCCAUCGAAUUUGCCAUUAAAAACAAUCUGCCCCAACUCAAACACCAUCUGCUGCCCCGCACUAAGGGUUUCAUCGCUAGUUUGCCGGCGAUGAAAGGAAAAGUUCCCGCGAUCUACAACUGCGAAUUAGCCUUCAAUGAAGACGAUCCGAUCAAACCGACGAUCACCAACAUGCUGUUGGGUAAAUCUGUGUCGGCGCACAUUUAUUUCGAAAGGACACCGCUGGAAAAUCUACCCAACGAUCCGCAAGAACAGGAAACUUGGUUGAGGGAUAUGUUUAUACGAAAAGAUAAAAUGAGGGAGAGUUUUCUCAAGACUGGUGAUUUUUUUACCGCAUCCGGCGUACCACGAAUGGAACCUUUCGAAUUAUCACCGAGAAUAGAGUCGAUAGUGAACCUCAUCGUUUGGCAGAUAGUCACUUUAGUGCCCAUAUCUUAUUAUCUCGUUAAAUUGCUGUUUAGCGGGGAGAUAUUAUAUUUUUCUGUGGGAGUCGGUAUUAUAGCUACGUUCUUCCUGUUGUUGAACAAAACCAUCGGGAUGUCGGAAAUCGACAAGGGUUCCUCGUACGGGACCGAAACAACUCCAAAGAAGACUCACUAAAAAUAAAUGUUUUUCUAGUGUUUAGUCUACUUAUUUUUAGAGUAUUUGUGCCAAUACUCGUGAUGAAAAAUUACCUUUUUUUUGUGUGAAUAUUAUAACUCGCAUUUGGUACAACAAAACACCAUCGAAUCAACACUAACAGUUACGUAGUUUGGUCCUUUGAGCGUUUUAUAGAUUAAUACCCGGCUCGAAGGGCCAAAUGGUGCAAUUUCGAGUGUUUAUUCCAAAAAUUUUGGCGCUUUUAUGUUUUUACUAAGUAAAAAUUUGAGUAACAUCAACUUUUGCACGUUUUCUUGGUUUCGAUACAUAUUUUAUCGAUUAUGUUUAUCUUCGGUGUCUAUUUAGUCAUCUUAUUCUUCAUUCUAUAAGAUUUGUACGAAAUUUGAAUGUUUUUAUAUACUAAUACCCGGCUAGAAGGACCAAAUGGUGCAAUUUCAAAUGAUUUUUCCUGAAAUUUUGACCCUUUCAUGUUUUUAAGUACCAAAUUUGAGCGUUUUAUAGAUUAAUACCCGGCUCGAAGGAUCACAUAGUGCUAUUUUGAGUGUUGUUUCCAAUAAUUUCGACUAAUUCGGAAUCUGUUAUUGUUUGACGUAUCCAAAACUCAAGUUUUUUUCAAUUUUUCUUUGUAUCGACAUAUAUUCAAUCUUCAGUGUCUAUUUUGUGUUCAAAAAAAGUCGAAACGUCACUUCAUCAUCUGUCCUACGAGACUUGUACAAAAUGCGAGUUGAAUAUUUCAGUUUUUUAAAUGUGAUUAGAAGACAUUUAUAUUUAUUGUUAACUGCCUAAUGGUAGUGGUGGCGACGUAUAUUUUGUUAUUAUUAUUUUUUUUAAUUUAUUUUGAGCUUUAAUAAAGAAAGAAGAAGAGGAAAGUUUUAUUUGGUGUCUAGUUGCAGCGUCACACAAGAUUUGGUGACGAUUUAUCUGUGGGAUAAAACGUUGUGAAGCGAUUAUAUAUUUACCUAACUUCACUUUUUGUUGUACGUUUAUAUCUAGAGUAUAAUUAAAGUCAAUUGAAGAA